AUGAGCACGACGACCACGAACCAGCAUCUUCCUAGUUGUACUUCGUCUUCGCCUAUCAAAUGUAAAAAUGUCUGGGUCUGGAAGAUUGCCAGGUUUGUCAUGCACAUUUUGCAUGACUUCUGAUGUCUGUGAUGCAUGCCCUAGCAUCACAGAUUUUGUGAGGGCUUCCUGAUGCCUUUACCGCAUGAGAAAUGCUCUUUCUGUGUAGCAAAACUUGGACUUUCUUUGCUGCUCAUGCAAUACAGAUAUUUUUAGAAUCCAAAAUCAGCCUGACAAGUUGCAUUCUUCCAGACCCAGACAUUUUUACACUUGAUAUCGCCACCCGAUGGUCCUCGUGUGUUGAGAAGCCAGGUCGCACCUUCCUUUUCAGACGCUUUCCUAGUCUUCGGAUCGCUCUUUUCUUCUACUAUCGAAAACAGAAAUUAUACCACGGGACGAGAUGAAGAAGAUGAAGAGCAGCAGAAACGACCCGGCGCAGGCAGUGGAGGUGAUCCGGGUGUUGCUGCUAGCGCCGCUGGUCCACUUACUACACGAGCCGCCUCACAGGAGCAAGCUCGAAUAGAUUCGUCCGUCUCGACCGACAUUACAACUAGUGAAGAAGAAGAGCACGUGGAUGUUGACAUGGAAGUAGAAAGUACAAGUGAGACGAAUGAGUGCCGACCCUCCUCGGGAACCACCGCGGCAUUCGCAUCGUCGCCAAGCAGUGCCAAUGGACAAAGUAAGAAGCGUAAGGAAGUAAAGAAAAAAGUUGUCAGAUUUCAGGACGAAGUAAAAGAUGACUCGUCGUGUUUCUCCUCCACCUCGGACAAAAAGCACGAACACGAACAUCAAGCUAGUGUUGAGCCCGAUUUAACAGAUGAGUAUGAAAUAAAUUCCCAAGAAUUACUAGACCAGCACACUGCUGGGCCGCAAGUAGAAGAACCUGCUGCCACGACGACCAGGGCCACCAACGAGAAAAAUGAUGAUGCAGCUACGACUGCCAGUACUACAUGCUCAUCAUCACCACUCCUGCACCUGCUAACCACCGGAGUACAAAAAGUACGUGACACAAGAACGAGUACUAGCAAAGCUUUCCUAGAGCGACGGAAUAGAAAAAGGCUAACUACAGAUGAAGUAGAGACAAGAACUGCUAGUGCUAACAACAAAACAGCAGCACCAACUCCUCGGCCGAGUAGCACGAUGUUAGUAGAACAAGACACGACAGCAACGCAAGAUGAACGAGGAGAAAUUAUCCUAAAGAACUCGGGUGAAGAUGGUGCUGUUUCACCUUGCUCGUCCUCGGCACGACAGGACAACGGCUCAAGGAGUUCGUCAGAACUGCCUUCUAGUACUUCUACCGCUGCUGAGACGACCGCCGCCGACGACUUUUCCGACUUUGCCCUCGCCCUGCCGAACUUAACCAGCCGCGCGUUCUGGGCGAUGAUGGGUUGUGGUACGGCCGUGCGAAACGCGAAUACCGUCGUCCGCAGCUGCGCCCCGGCGUCCGUGCGCGACUAUUUCUUCGCGUCAGAUGAGGAGCUGACGCGGCUGCAUCUGUUUCUGGUCGACAGGACAUUCAUCCCGAUCGACGCCCGCACGGGGGAGCAAAUCCAGAUUCCCCGAAGAGCGGAGUAUGGUCGGCCCGGACGAGACGAGUUGCUGGCUGCCGUCGACCUGACCCAGGUGAACAUGGCACCGCGGCACAGCCUCGAGGAGUGCUCGCACUUUGUCACGAAUUUCGUGCUGAAUUCGAUCUCCGGCAAGAUCGUUUUGGACCACAUGGCGUUUUUCCACCCGGCCAAGAUCCCAGCGUACUUCCGCCGGUUGUGCACGAGCGAAAAGACCUAUCAAAUGUAAAAAUGUAUGGGUCUGGAAGAUUCCGAGAUUUGUCAUUCAGUUUUUCCAAGCUCCGCCAAGAUUGAAAUGCAGAACCGAGCAUCACAGGUUGUGCAGCCCCUUAGUGAUGCCCAUUCCGCAUGAGAAAUGCCCUCUCAGAAUGGUCAGAAAUAGGCGCCUUUUGCAAGCCAUGCAACACAAAUUUUUGCAGGAUGCGCACCACGCAUCACAAGUUCGCAGCCUUCCAGACCCAGACAUUUUUGCAAUGCAUAAGACCAUCCGGCUGCUGAUUCCGAACUCCAUGCUGAACGACGGCGGUGGUUCUUCGACCUCGUCUGCUGCUGGUUCAUCCUCUUCGAACGGGAUGAACAGCGAACCGCCCGAGCCGCCGGUGGAAGAAUCCCACUACGAGGUCUUGAACGUCAGCCAGGACGCGAGUCUCGCGGAAAUCCGGAAGGCGUAUCGAAAAAGAGCGCUGGAAACCCACCCGGACAAGGCCGCGGACAGCAACGAAGCGUUUCUGCGCGUCAGAAAAGCCUAUGACGUGUUGCAAGACGAGCAGCAGCGCCGGCAGUACGACGCGGAGUUGGCGAUGGAGCGCGCGAAGCGGGUGUUUCGCACCAGCGGCUCGCUGGACCGGGCGAGCAAGCGGAUUCCAAGAGUGGACCCGUUGCGGAAAAUGUACGUCAAUGUCAAGGAAAAGAAGAAAACGGGGGGAACUUCCAAGGGAAACAGGACGAAGCGAAGUAGACAAGAGCACGAAAGCGGGAAAAGUAGUUCUACCAGCAGUAAUUUAGCGGGGGCAGGAGAACGAGAACGUCGACAAGAAUCAUCUACAUCUUCUUCAUCUUCACGAAGAAGCGAGGAUUGCACCGCAUCGCCACCGACGCACGAGGAAAGCACGACGAUGCCUGGUCAAAGCAAGGACUGCUCUAGAAGUAGUACAACGCCACAACCCAAUUCUGAUCACGAGAACAACGGCGAGCAGGGUGGAAAUACUACUCCCACCGCUGCAACAAACACCGGAGCAGGUGGACGACCACAGAGGCAAGACCGUGAGAAAACGGGAACAAGUCCACCCCCGACGUCAGCCGGAAGUUCCUCCAAGAACGAGCACCACGAAAGCCGCCAUGAUCAAAACGCAGGCACCUCGUCACCUUCUUGUCAGCAGCAGCAGCAGGACCACGAGGAGGAGAACCGACAGCAUCAAGAAGAUGAGCAAGAAGAUCAGGAAGAGAAUACGUUGGUGACCAUCACCGUUCGCGACUGGAAACCGGCGCGCGAGGUCAUUACCGAUGCGUUAGCGGACCUUGUGGGGAUGACGCUGAACUUGGCCAUGUUGAUGACAAGUCCGCCGCCCCCCGGUAUGGAGGACAAAGUUAAAUUUUGCAGCGAUACCACAACCUUCUUGUUUCCGGACGACGAGCGCCAAUUUGUCUGA